UAAUAAUUUAACCAACAUGGCGUCCGAAUGAGAAAAUGGAGCAUCGGACAAUGCAAAGCCAUAUAAAUGCACUGUAUAUGAGUAACAGACUAUCAUCACAAGAUAUGAUGUGAUUGUAUACUGAAGAAUCAUUGGACCAUGGAGACAGCAACACCCUUCCCCAGUACACCCUCACCAGGUACUCACAACAAGGCAGGGAAACUUCGUCAAAAGAGAAUCAAAAUAUUCCCAUGUAAGGGAGAUAACCAGGUCACAGAAUGUUAAAACAUUGACAGAUUAUCCACAAAUUGAAAGAAAGAUACCGGCACAACUGGGAAUGGAUGCUUCAGACAUUGGAACUUUGUCGAUAGAAUCUAGUGAAUAUGAUAAAAACAAUGCAAGUGAUUUGGGAAAUGAGUCUGAUGUUGAUGAAGAUGGUUUCCUGGGAGACGAGGACCAGUUAGAAUUAGAAUUAGAAAAACAUUCAAAGUAUAAUUUUGAUUCUCAAUUUCCAAAUGUGGAUUCAUUCAAUAUCAACAUUGGCUCAGAUCAUUUUCAAAUUGAUGAUCAAUUCAGUUUGUUCGGUGAAACAAAGAACAGUAAAACAGUUCAAAAUAUUAACACUUUGAUGACUGACAAUGCUGUGAUUUACUCGAAACAUUACUCAACAUUGGAAAAUGGAUCAGAAUCGCAUUGUGAUUCAGAUGAUGAGAGUCCGAGUGAGACGGGAGGUUUUCUUCACUUUCAAAACCAGUCUGAUACCUCCGAUUACCUAGAGGAUGAGGAGGAGGAUUCAAGAUCCGAGGACAACAAAUUGGUAAAAGAAGAUAAUGAUGAUGAAAGGUUAGAUGAAAGAGAAAAUCACAUGAUUAUUUUGAACAGUGAUGAAGGGAAAGAUGAUGAUGAUGAUGAUGAGAUUGACGAUGAAGCGGAUGAUGAAGAAAUAGAUUAUAUAAAUGAAAGGAAAGAAAAUGAAACUGAUGAUGAUGACAAUGUUGACGAAAGUGCAGAUGAUGAUGAGAAGGCAGAUGGAAAGAAACACAAUGGUGUAAGAGUGGAGGAAAAGGAUAUUGAGACAUUUGAAAAUGAAGAAAGUAACGAGACAGCAGAGGCAAUAAUAAAUGAGAAUACACCAGAAUUGUUCGAUGGAACUGAAGUUGAAGUCGAUGAGGAAUCUACAGAUAUGUAUAUGGUGUUCAAAGAUGUGGAACAGCAGGAUUUUGGAAUACUGGCCCCCUCCAUACUGACUGACACACCUCCAGAUGGUAGAGAGUCAUCCCCGUUGGAGGGUCAUCUGGCUGGAACUGACCUGUCUAGUAAUGGAUGCUGUUCAGACAAUGAAGAAAUCAUGUUAUCUACACAGGAACAGAUACCAUUACCGACGCCAGUGGUUGGUAUUUGUGGGAACAGCCUCGAAGAUGAUACAGAAUCUGAAGUGAGGAUGCUGUCAGCUAUGGAACAUAGACUUAACAGCUGUGACAAAUGUGGUAAGUCCUUCAGUACGAAGAAGCAGCUGAAGCGCCACCUCCGUACUCACACCGGAGAGAAGCCUUACAGGUGCGGCGUGUGUAGUAAAAGUUUCCUGGAGUCUGCCAAGUUGUGGCGACAUCUUAAGACUCACACCAACUCUGGAGUGAAACAUUUUAGAUGUAGUGUUUGUGAUAAAGGAUUCACAGAACUGAGAAGUCUUCAGCAACAUGAGAAAGUACACACGGGGGAGACACCAUAUAGCUGUGAGGUUUGUGGUAAAGGAUUCAUCCGCGCCGGACAUCUGCAGCGCCAUUUUAUGAUUCAUACUGGCGAAAAACCUUUUAAGUGUGAAAUAUGUGGUAAGGGUUUCAACGUCGCGGGGAACCUCCCACGCCACAUGCGCACUCACGCGCUGGAGAAAUCAUUCAAGUGUGACGAGUGUGGUAAGUGUUAUAGAGAACAGGAGGAUCUACAACAACAUGUAAAGAUACACGAAGGUGUGAAGGCGUUCAACUGUGAAAAGUGUGGUAAGGGGUUCGACAAGGCCAGAUAUCUACAAUGUCACCUUAAGAUCCAUCUCAAUAUAAAACCGUACGUCUGUGAUGUCUGUCAGAAGUGUUUCAGUAAAGCUGACCAUCUGGAGAGGCAUCUGUCUACACACAACCCCAGUAAAAGCAGGCCACACAGGUGUGAUAUGUGCGGGAAAAGUUUCGGCAAAAUUGACAAUUUGAAGUCGCAUCAGAGAAUUCAUACUGAAGACAAACCAUUCAAAUGUGAAACAUGUGGAAAGGGGUUUAUUUUCUCGGGAGAUCUACAGAUACAUCAGCGUACACAUACGGGAGAAAAACCAUACCGAUGUGAACUUUGUGGUAAAGAUUUCAGCCAAGCUGGCACACUUAAACGUCACGAACGUAUACACACUGGAGAAAAACCGUACAAAUGUGAUAUCUGUGAGAAAUUGUUCGCAAAAUCAGGGGAUGUGGAAAGACACAUUAGAACUCACACCGGUGAAAAACCGUACACAUGUGAUAUAUGUGGUAAAAAGUUCAGUCAGGCAGGAACACUCGGAAGACACCAGUGGAUACAUACAGGGGAAAAACCAUACAAAUGUGAGGUCUGUGAUAAAGGGUUUAUCAAGUCUGCCGACCUUGUACGUCACAUGACCACUCACACAGGGGAGAAGCCAUUUAAAUGUGAUAUUUGUGGGAAGGGCUUGAGCGAUCAGGUCACAUAUACAGCACACUUAAAGUUACAUUCAGGAAAGAAACCACACAAAUGUAAAGUUUGUGGUAAAGGGUUUAUAGAGGCUUGCACGCUACAGGUACAUUUACGUACACACACGGGCGAGAAGCCCUACAAAUGUGAUGUCUGUGGUAAAGGUUUUAAUCAGGCAGGUACUGUCCAGCGACACAUGGUCGUACAUACAGGUGAAAAACCACACAAAUGUGAAAUCUGUGAACGUGCAUUCAGCAAAGUAUGGGACCUGCGACGACAUGUAAGGACUCAUACUGGCGAGAAACCGUACAAGUGUGAAAUCUGCGGAAAGGGAUUCAACCAGGCGGGCACUCUACAGAUCCACUCUCGGAUACAUACUGGGGAGAAACCGUAUGAGUGUAAAAUCUGUGAGAAAGGUUUCACAGAGGCUGGUCACUUAAGGACUCAUAUGCGAAUUCACUCAGGCGUGAAGCCAUACACCUGUGAUGUUUGUGGUAAGGGAUUUAUAGGAUCAGGCAGUCUAAAGAAACACGUUCGAACACACACUGGAGAGCGACCAUGUAGGUGUGAGGUGUGUGGUAAAUCUUUCAGUCAGACUGGAACUCUUCAAUCUCACCUCCGGACACACACUGGAGAAAAACCCUAUGUAUGUAAGGCGUGUGGGAAGGGUUUCCGUGUGCGGGGGACAUUACGACGACACCAGACUACACAUACUGAAGAGGAACUGGAGGGUGCGGAGGUUGGUGAUGACAAGGAAACAUUUCACCAGGACACUUUACAGUUGGUAUUUCUUCAACAGGAGUCAGAACUAAAAUGUAAAGCAGGGGAGGUAACUCUGUCACUUGAAUCUGAAGGGGAUUGUUCAGAUCCUGAAGAAGAAAAGAAUUCUAAAUCAAAAGACGCCAAUUCAGAGGAGAAAACUCUUGUCUUAUGAUUCAGAUUAAUUCCUAGUAGGAGGAUUUUCCUAUUUCUAAAGGAGAAGAGAUUUAAUUGAAUGUAAACAGAACUUACAAUCAUAUUUAAUGGAACAACACUUCACACAAUGAUUGGACAGGGUUAUACAUGUAAUCAAUAUUGUUUGGCCUGUUCAGCUUAUUAGAUGGUUGUGUAAUAGUUCAUGAAAAACCACAAAAAUUACCAUACAUGAUACAAAAAUGUCACCUACAUAUAAAAGUAUUAAUUUUGAAAAAUGUAAAAUAUUCAAACAGAUUUGAAUUUUCACAAUGACUUAAUGAUAAUUUUUUACCUGUUAUAUGUCUUCAGCAGAAUAUGUAAACAGCCAAAAUUAAAGUCCCUAAAAAAAGCCUUGAAAAUAACAUGAAUGCAGGAAUGCAAAAUUACUCUUUGAGAUAUUUUCAUUGUAUUGCUAUUUUACAAAAUAUUCCAGUGAUCAUUAGUGUGGCGGUAUAUUAUCUAAAAUGUAAGUUAAGGUGUCCAUGUUGUUGAGUAUAGACAGGCCUUGGUCCAUCCAUUGCUGCCUUUGUUAGACCUUUCGUGACCAAAACUGUAAAUUGCUUAUAGAUACUCAGGUCCACAUGAAAUAUGGAUGUCACCUUUUUUGUGACAAACUGGCAGAAAUAAUACGAAGUCCCUGUGUUUAUAGAAUCACCAUAAUUUGAUUAACAUGUUAUCAUGGUGACUGAAAACAAGAAAAUAUCAGAUACUGUUAAAGCUGUGCUUUAAUGGUUUACAUUUUUGCGUGGUAAGUUUGAAAUGAACCAUAUAUUC